CCUCAGCCUCACCAUGCCGCGCGCCUCUACCUCGGCGAGCGGUGCGGCGCCGCAGCCGCGCAACGUGCUCGCCGUGUGCGUCGCCAUGUUCCACGAGCGCCAGGGCCCGAUCAUUGCCUUCAGCCAUCCGCCCGGCGCCGCCGAGGCGCUGGCCGGCCUCGAGUGGCGCGCCCUGCCGUCGGGCUCGCACGCGCUGCUGCGCCGCGACCACAUCGCUCUGCUGCCGCCGCAGCCGCUCCCGACGCAGGAGGAGGGCCAGCACAGCGUCGUCGCUGCCGUCGUGCGCAGCCGCGCCACGGCCGGCGAGGAGGGCGCCGAGCGGCGAGGCAACCGUGUCAUCUGCGUCGCAGCUGUGCUUGCAUGCGAUGAAGCCACGCCAGACUCACACUAUGCCGCCGCGUCUCCGCAUUUCAGCAAGCUCGCGGAGCUGGCCGAGGCGACAUCGCAUGAUCCUGGCGACAAUUCGAAGCUGCAGCAGUGGUACGAGGCGAAUGCGGGCUCGGCGCUGCUCCCGCCCGUACCAAUCUCUGCUCGCUAUGCCUCGGCUCUCGAUCCACUCUCGACGCUUCCGUCGAUCUCCUCGGCACUGGGCCCGCUGCUGCCGUCGCUUCUCAAGCGCAUGAUGAUGCCCGACCACCGCCUCUUGAUCUUCUCGCCCGCCGGCACGCCGCCAUCUCGAGCUCUCGCACUGCACUACGCGCUCGCCUCGCUCGUGCCCACGCCGCCGGAGCCGCGCGGUCUGCUUGCGCUGCCUGACCUGACUGAGCUGCUCGACGAGCCGCGGCGAGCGUGGAUCGGCGUCACGCCAGAUGCGAUCUUUCUGGAGCGUCACAGCGUGUAUGAUACGCUGCUCGACCUGCGGCCAAUCGCUGCAGGCGCUCUGCCCGGCGCGCUGCCUGCUCUGAGCUUUGUCGGCCAACAAAGCGGCAAGCUGGAGCUCAUCAAGAUCAACUGGUCUACCACAGACUUCGCCGCUUGGCGAGAGCUGGAGGAUAUCUGCGACGUUCGGUCGCGCGUGCGCCGCACUGUUCAGAUCUCCGAAGACAGCCAAGACGCCAGCGAUCAUCGGGCGGUGCAGCAGCGGACCAAGCCGCGCACCCUGCAGGCUGCGCCUGGCUUCAUUCUCGCUCUGCUCAAGUACUGCCUCGGCGCCUGGCUCUGGUGGCCGCUCUCCGUCUCGGGCGAUGCCGGCGCCGUCUAUGGCUGGGUACCAACGGCAGUACGCUCUGACGGCGGCGCUGUCGGAAGCGUCGUGCUGCUGUCCGACGAGGAGGACGAAGAAGACUCGGCCGACGGCGACGAGGAGGCAUUGACCGAGGAGUCCGCACUGCUCGACGUGCCGACGUCGCCUGGCGCAUAUCCGCAUACGCAGCAGCCGCGGCUCCGCUCUCGUAGCGCGCGGUCACGUUCAAGAUCCCGCGACCGCCUGAGCGAGUACGCACUCGGAGACGAGGAAGAGGAGCACGACCCGCUCCUCGCUGCUGCCGGCGCCAGCACGGCCAGCCGGCGGCGGCGCUCCAGCCACAAUACGGAGCGGCACAUGUUCUCGCCGACGCACAGUCCUUCCGCCUCGGGCGUGCAGGCGAUGUCGGGCCCCGAGCGGCAUCAGCAUGUCGAGGCAGAGGAGGAAGAGGACGCGCCGUCGCCGCGCACCAGCCGUCUGGCACGGGCGCUGCACGACGAGUGGGCCGCGUGGAGCGCGUCGGUGCUGCGCGACGCCGAGGCGCUGCUGCAGCGCAAGAUUGACGCCGGCGAAACGCACGUCAGCGCCAAGGAGCUGCGCAGCGUCGGCCUGAGCGCCCGCUGUGCCGCCGACUGUGAGCUGCUGGGCGCACUGGCGCGCGAGCGCGGCAAGAGCGUGAGCGUGGAGAAGAGCUGGUGGACGUGGCCGUGGUGACGGGCCGGACGAGCGUGGCGUGCAACCAUACCAUGACAUGUAGCAUACCGAUGUCGCAGGGCAACAGCGUUGAUGUGACUGCUCGC